AUGACAAAGAAGCAUCAGUUAGUCUCCAUCAACCCCAACAAUAGCCUAGUGCGCAACAAAGCGGCUACUGACAAGAAGCUUGCUGAAGAACUUGGUUCUCCAAAUAACGUCCAUAUUUUUGAGGCUGAUAUUACUGACUACAAUGCGCUAAAGGGUGCUGUUGAAGCUGUCUCGGAGAUCGCUGAAGGUUCUCUUGACUACGUCAUUGAAACUGCAGGUCUCAUCGCAUUGUGGUCUCAAUGGGAUGCUGUUGAUGUGCUCGAAGCAGGCACAAGCGUUCUCGCCGCUAAGUUCGCCGCUCGCUACGCAAAAGAAGGAGUUCUUUUCAUGAGUAUCUGUUCUGGAAGUGUCGACAGUGGUUUUGAAGGAGAGUUGACCGAAGAGCAGAAAGAAAAGGUGACGAAGCUCAGGAGCCAGAUUGUCAAUUAUGCCCCGCACUUCACGGGCCCGAGCACCCCUGUAGACUCGGCCAAAGCUGUCUUGAAAGUCAUCAAUGAGGCCUCCUUGGAGAAAGGCAGCAGUGGGGCCCCUGUCUCGAAGUUUGGAAACAAGCAGUGGAUGUAG